ACUAUACAAGUGGCUAUCGAUAAAGUGAAGUUCCAUCUCUGCGCCAUGCAUUAUUGUGAAACAUAAAAAUUGAAAUAUGCGGUGCUAUUAUGAGGAGCUGGGCGUGUCCCGUGACUCCAACGAGGGUGACAUCAAGACAGCUUAUCGUAAAUUAGCAUUACGCUGGCAUCCAGAUAAAAAUCCAGACUGCCUGGCCGAAGCAAAGGAACGCUUUCAGCUUAUUCAACAGGCCUAUGAGGUGCUAUCCGAUGGCCAGGAGCGUGCCUGGUAUGAUAAUCACCGAGAGCAAAUUUUGCGCGGCAAAAACUCCGACUACUCCGAGAACUGCUUGGAUGUGUUUCCUUACUUCACCGGCUCCUGCUACAAGGGCUAUGGAAAUGAUGCUCAGGGCUUUUAUAGCGUCUAUCGUGAUGUUUUUAACAAAAUUGCUGCCGAAGAUAUGGAUUUCAUGGACAGCGACGACGACGAACUGAGCGCGCCACAAUUUGGAAAUGCAGACAGCAGCUACGAGGAUGUGGUUGGUCCCUUCUACGCCUACUGGCUCUCAUAUAGCACCAAAAAGACCUACGAAUGGCUCUGCCCAUACGAUGUGCGAGAAAUUAAAGAACGUUUCAUAUUGCGUAAGGUGGAGAAAGAAAUGAAAAAAAUUGUACAGAAUGCGAAAAGGGAAAGGAAUGAAGAAAUUCGUAAUUUGGUUUCAUUUGUGCGCAAGCGCGAUCGUCGAGUGCAGGCCAACAGACGUGUGCUUGAGGAGCGCGCUGAGGCGAAUCGCUUGAAGCAGGAGGAAAAACGCAGGGAACAGCUGCGCCAACGUCAAGAACAGCUGGCAGCUGUGCGUGCCAACAAGGUGGACAACGAUGGCUAUGAGGAACAGCUCAGGCAGCUGGAGCAACAGUAUGGCAGCGAAUCAGAUGAAUACACUGAGGAGGAGGAUGAGGACGAGAACGAAGAUGAUGUCGAAGCUGCUAACACAGACUCGGACAAUUUGAGCGAGCAGGAAGUGGAGUAUGUCGAUGAUCUGUAUUGUGUGGCAUGCAACAAGUCGUUCAAAAAUGCAAAAGCGCGCGCCAAUCACGACGAGAGCAAAAAACAUCGCGACAAUGUGGAACGCCUAUGCCAGCAAAUGGAGACCGAGGAGCAGGAAUUUAACGAACGCAGCGAGGAGCUGGAGGCGGCAGAAGAAAGUCUAGAAGACCUGCAGUUGAAUGGCAGUCAUGAAGCGGACUUGGUCAGCGAUGAAGCAGCCGAACAAACGAACAACAAACGCAACAAGAAAAACAAGAAAUCAAAAAAAGUUGCUACCAAGGCUGCUGUAGAAAGCGAUGAUGAAGACCAAUCAGUGCCAGCAGUAGAUUUCAAUGCAGCGCCAAGCAAUAGCGAAGACGAUGACAACGACGAUUGGAGCUGCAGUAAAAAGUCAACUAAAAAGACAAAAAGCAAAAAGUCAACAACAACAACAAACAGCAGCAAACAAAAAGUUGAAGCGACGACAGCGGAGGCAAAGUCAACAGCUGCGCCAGCCAAGACAGCGAGAGGCGGUGAUUUAGUGGAGGCAACAGUUGUGCAACAUACUUGCGUCACAUGCAAACUUGUGUUCGACUCCAAGAACAAACUGUUUGCACAUCUUAAGAAGACCAAUCACGGUGUCUACAUACCCAAGGCCAAGCCGGAUGUGGAGGGCAAGCCUCCCGGCAAGGGCAAGGGGAAGCGAAACAAGUGAAGAUUCUCUCGCUUUAUUUGGCUGUUGCAGUUGCAGUUGCCACUGCAGCUGUCAUUGUAGAAAUAGUGUAGUUGUCUAUUUAUACAUAUGCUAAUGUUAAAUCGUUAAAUUCGAAAUUAAAUUAAGUGUACACGCCCAAUUGCCAGAUGAAUUUUAA